AGUUUGCCGUAGUUUGGAGUAGUUUCAUUCUCAGCGAGUUUAUCUUAACAAUUUUAAUAUUUAUAAUUUAUAAAUAAUAAUAGUGUUUUAAAUUAAAUAUAUUAACAAAACACUAAAAAAUUAACAAAUCGUAAAAUAAUAAUAUUCAAUUAAACACAACUUUCAAGACAUUUUUUUGUAUAAAUUAAAACAAAAAAAAAACUGCAACGCAAUAAAUUUUGCAAAGCUCAACCAACAGGAAAAUUUUUUAGGAAAAAUAUAUUUUCAAUUGGGAAAUUAACAAAAUGGCUGUAGGAUCAUUUCCACCAUGCAUCCCACGUAUAAAUAUGACAAAAUUUUUUUGUUGUGAUUUACGUUCAGGAAGUUUAUUUCUUGGAUAUCUAUCAAUGAUUUCAUCAUUAAUAUCGAUUUUGUUUAUAACUAUUUAUACUCCAAUUCGUUUUAUGGAAGUAAUUGAUCCAUCACCUUCAGACAAAUGGAAACUUUUUUUUAUAAUUAUCAUUUGUGAUGUUAUACUUGGCUUGAUAAUGCUAAUUAAUUAUAUGAUGAUCCAAGGCGUUAAAAAAUAUAAACCAUCAUUGAUGUAUCCAUGGAUUUACACUUAUUUUGUUUUUUUAAUACUUUCAACAGUAAUUAGCAUUUUAGUGAUAAUAAUGAGUAUUUAUUAUAUGAUAAAUUAUCCAAUAAGCAGCGUAAUUUUGCAAAGUUCAUCGUCCAUAGUACAGAUGAUUGUGUCCUCAGCUUUUAAUUUCUACUGUUUUGGAACUGUUGUUUCUUAUUGUCAAAAAAUAAUUCAAGAUAAUUCAUUGACUCAACAUCAAACUCUUCAAAAUGAAAAUUUGUAA